UCUACCAUCAAAAUGAAGUUCGCUAUUGUGCUUGCUCUCUUUGGAGUUCUCCUGGCUCCAAACCUUGCUGAGGAGAACCACAGGAGGGCUGAGGGUGAAGGUCCAAACCUUCCAUCCCGUAAUGAAGGUCCACCCCGUCCAUCCCUUGGCGAAAAUCCACACCUUCCACUCCAUGGCGAAGGUCCACCCCGUGCUGAAGGUCCACACGAGCCAGCCCGUAAUGAAGGUCCACGCCAUGCACGCCUUGGCGAAAAUCCACACUAUCUAAUCCACCAUGGAAAUCGACGCCAUCCACCUCGAGUUGGAAUUCCACCCCACCCACGCCCUCAUUUUGGCAACCGUGGGUUUGCCAUCAGGCCACCUAUGUACCCUAAUAACUGGAAAACUGUCUGGGAUGCCAAGACUGGUUUCAUCGCAACCAAGGUACUGGGAAAAAACACCUGCAUCAUUAGCAAAGCUGACACAGGAUUUAAUGGAUUUGAGGGAGCUACCUCCCCUGAGUUCCUUCCACCCAUAGAGCAUCGUUACGUGAUCUCAAACGACAGACUGCUGAACCUGUACCCAUAUGGAGCACGCAUUCAAAGACUGUGCAGAGGAGUUCCCACUUACUUUGCUUUCCCAUCUCCUGGGUCAAACUUCUCAGAGGAUGAACCCUCAUGUAUCAGAAAUACGUUCAGAAAUAUGAGAAUCAUUUACUGCAAUUUCUCCUGGUGAAAUUUUGAAGAAAAUACACAGAUCUGUGUACCCAUGAAGAAGCCUUUUUUCCUUGAUGAUCUGAUCUUGAUCACAGUGUCAAUCAUGUAUCUGUCUUCUCCUUUGCUCUUUGUGGAGCAUAUUUUCUUUCAGUAAAAUGCAUCAUCAGCCUCCA